UUAGGAGAUUUACAACGAUACAUUUGUAUUUUUAUUUACUAUAUUUUAAGGAUUAUUAAUAUGCAACAUUUAUUAGGAUUUCGCGAAGUUAUACCUGAUCAAACAAUUCCAGAAAAAUGGCAAGAAAUAAAAUUAAAUACCGGGGGUACUCAGAGUACUUUGCAAGAUAUAAAGAUGACUGAAAGAGCUGGAGGCUAUGCUUUCAAAGACACCAGUAAAUCCUAUACUCGAAAUAGAUUUAUAUACUGGAGAAGCAAUCAUGAUAUAUUAGAAUUGGUUGACACCAGCUUGGAUCUCAAUUUAUCUGGAAAUCAAUUGCGUUUGAAGUUUAUGAAUUCUCCUUUGCUUGAUGGUAUUACCAUUUACGAGGCCAAUGGAUUUGUGAUGUUGUUAGUAGCUACUGUUAGUAGUGUACAUAGGAUAACAUUUCCACAUCCUGAUAGUAUUCAUCGAAAUGAUAAAUUUUCAUUGCAGAAUGAUAUAACUGUACCUUCUAUAUUUCAUGAUGGUAAUCAUUCUCACAAUUGCCAUGUUCUCACUAAUACAGGUGCACCAUUACCCAAUACUGCAGCAAGUUGGCUAUCUCCAAAUGCAGAUUAUGGUGUAUUUGCAUUAGCUUUUAAUUCUGGUACACUUACUUGUGUAACAAUGGACUAUACAUCUGGAAAUAUCACCAGCAUUGACAUGAAAGAAGAUUCCUAUGUACCAAAAUUUAUUUCAAAUUUUACAGGAGCAUUGAGGGGAAAGAGUAAUGAAAGUCAUUCAUGUAGUAGUUUAGCAUUGAUACCCUUAAAUAAAGAAAUAUUCUUAUUUGGUGCUUGUCGUGAUGGUGAAUUAAGAAUGUGGAAUGUAAAGCGUGGAUCCUGUGUGGCUUCAUGUUCUUUAUCAGCUGGGGGCUUUGAUGUGAAACAUCUAUUACCAGGAGCUCAAGGCCACGUAGUGCGCUAUUGUAUUGAUAGUACAGGUGCUAUAUUACUAGCAAUAUUUUUAUGUCUUGGAAAUGAGAGUCAAAUUGUUAUAUUUAAGCCUGUUAUGGAGCAAUCAUCAUAUAAAUUUUUACGAGUUGCCAGCUUGUUUGCAGAACAGAUAUGGCUUUAA